CCACUCCCGCGCCCGCCGCACCCCUUCCCCAGCUGGCCCGGCCGCCCCCCCACUCCCUCCGGCUCGACCCGGCGGCCUCCUGAGCUCCUGGGCGGCCCAGGCCGGCCUUGACGCGCAGCUGCCUCCCGGGCCCGGCCUGUUGCCCUGGGGCCUUCCUCGGGCCCAAUCGCCCGCGGGGCGGGCGCUCGGCAGCAGCGGCCUGGCCAUUCCUCACGAGGGGUGACAGGAGGCAGCCCAGCUGGGCUGGCGGGCAAGUGCCGGUGGGGAGGUGAUCGGCUUUCAUUCGGUUUCCCGGGGAAGAGGAAGGGCCGGGGUGCGGCGCAGAACCAGUCAUCGGGGAAGGCAGAGCCUCCCUGCUAUUGCUGGCACCCUGCCUCGAAGACAACCCCCUCCCCCCCCAGGCAGAGCCCUGUAGUCUGUCUUGGUUAAUGACUUGGGCCGCCUGACCAGUCCCUCUCUGUGCCUUGUCUGAGGUCCGCGUCCAUACCUGAUCCUGGGCAGCUUCUCUCUCUGGUGUGGGUCACCUUAAGCGGGGAAACUGAAGCCAUUACUCUCCAAACCCUGUUUCAUCUUCCCAAGCAUGUCGGAAAGCUGGCAGCAGCCACCGCAGACACAGCCGCAGCAGCCGCAGCCGCCCCAGCCUCAGCACCACGCAGAACCACCACCAGCCCUGGCUGAACACACAUUGCCUCCAGGCACAGCUGAGAACCCCUUGGGCUGUGCGGUCUAUGGCAUCCUCCUGCAGCCAGACCCGGGCCUGCAGCCCCCGCAACACGCACCCCUGCAGGCAGCCGGCGAGCCGGGCCCCAAGUGCGGCGUGUGUGGUCAUGACCUGGCGCACCUUUCCAGCCCGCAUGAGCACCAGUGCCUGGCCGGCCACGACCGCUCCUUCCAGUGCACGCAGUGUCUCAAGAUCUUCCACCAGGCUACCGACCUGCUGGAGCACCAGUGUGUGCAGGCGGAACAGAAGCCUUUUGUCUGUGGCGUCUGCAAGAUGGGCUUCUCACUGCUCACAUCCCUGGCGCAGCACCACAGUGCGCACAGCGGCACAGGGGGACUCGUGAAAUGUUCCAUCUGCGAGAAGACCUAUAAGCCCGCCGAGGCGGCCGAGCCCGCAGCCGCUGCUGCCCCCUCGCUGCCCCCUGCGGCCCCUCCGCCUGCCGUCGUCGCCCCUGCGGAACAGACCGACAAGCCCUACAGCUGCCCCAUCUGCCAGAAGCCCUUCAAGCACCUGUCGGAGCUCUCGCGGCACGAGCGCAUCCACACUGGCGAGAAGCCCUACAAGUGCACGCUGUGCGACAAGAGCUUCAGCCAGUCAUCGCACCUGGUGCAUCACAAGCGCACGCACAGCUCGGAGCGGCCGUACAAGUGCGCCGUCUGCGAGAAGACCUUCAAGCACCGCUCGCACCUGGUGCGCCACAUGUACGCGCACUCGGGCGAGCACCACUUGUUCCGCUGCAACGUGUGCGAGCUGCACUUCAAGGAGUCAUCCGAGCUGCUGCAGCACCCGUGCACGCCGAGCGGGGAGCGGCCGUUCCGCUGCGGCGAGUGCCAGAAGGCCUUCAAGCGGCCGUCGGACCUGCGGCAGCACGAGCGCACGCACAGCGCUGAGCGGCCCUUCAAGUGCGACUUGUGCCCCAUGGGCUUCAAGCAGCAGUACGCGCUGAUGCGGCACCGGCGCACGCACAAGACCGAGGAGCCUUUCAAGUGCGGCCUGUGCGAGAAGGGCUUCGGGCAGCCCAGCCACCUGCUCUACCACCAGCACGUGCACACCCUCGAGACCCUCUUCAAGUGCCCCGUGUGCCAGAAGGGCUUUGACCAGUCGGCCGAGCUGCUGCGGCACAAGUGCCUGCCGGGCGCAGCCGAGCGGCCCUUCAAGUGCCCGGUGUGCAACAAGGCCUACAAGCGGGCGUCAGCCCUGCAGAAGCACCAGCUGGCCCACUGCUCGGCCGCCGAGAAGCCCCUGCGCUGCACCCUGUGUGAACGCCGCUUCUUCUCGUCCUCCGAGUUCGUGCAGCACCGCUGCGACCCGGCAAGGGAGAAGCCGCUCAAGUGCCCGGACUGCGAGAAGCGCUUCAAGUACGCCUCUGACCUGCAGAGGCACCGGCGGGUGCACACGGGCGAGAAGCCCUACAAGUGCCCCAACUGCGACAAGGCCUUCAAGCAGCGCGAGCACCUCAACAAGCACCAGGGCGUGCACGCCCGCGAGCAGCAGUUCAAGUGCGUGUGGUGCGGUGAGCGCUUCCUGGACGUGGCCCUGCUGCAGGAGCACAGCGCGCAACACAGCGCCGCCGCCGCGGCGGCCGAGGGCGCCUACCAGGUAGCCGCCUGCCUGCCCUGAGUCCUCCUGGCAGCCUCCACCAGGCUCGGGCGGCCUCCUGGCACCAUCCCUGCACCUGGCUCUGUGUUCCGAGGCUCUGGGCGAGGGGGGACAAAACGGCACUGGGCAGGUGGUGGGUGUGCGUCCCUGGCACUCCUGCACCGGCGUGGAGGUGGGGGGCAGAGGGCUGUGGCUGAUCCUGAUUCCACGAACCUCUUUCCUACUACAGGAUUCACUUUCUUGAGAGCUGUCAGCCUCCCUUGUCUUGGGGGCGGGGGCUGGAGUCAGGCAGGAAGUCAAGUGGUCUCUCUCCACCCCAAGGAGAGGGUGGUUCUCAUCCCACCUUCCCAAAGCUCUCGGCUUAAUUAGGAACCACAUAGGUUAGGGAAGAGGAAGUUCAGGGCAGGGCCUGUUAGGGCUGGACUCCAGCCGUGAGCUGGGUCUAGGGGAUCCUCCUUCAAGUUGCUGUUUGAUGUGGUCCUGGGACCAGGAGGGCCGACUGUGAGCCACAGGGCUCUCAGGCAGCUUCAGCCCGCAGGGCUGCAUCCUCCAGGUUUCUGACAGGCCAGAUGUUGAGGAGGGCUGCACGUCUGUGGGCUGGGGCUGCUUGGAGAGCAGUUGGCCCGGCCAGGGGCGGUGCUGUCCAUGGGGAAGGGAGGAAAGGCCGCGUUUGUACCGAGGGCUAGUCCUGCUGUUGUGGAUGUGCCUCUCCCACCUUCAAAGCCUGGUUCCAGGCUCCGGUAGGGAGUGUGUUCUCAGCCAGAUGAAACUGCUGAUGGGAAAGAAGGGGAUUGGUAGACCACCUGGUGCCCGGGAGGAAGCAGGGCCCAGCCCAGGAUCUUCCCAGUGGAUGGGAAUAAGUGUCAUCCCGCUUGAAUCGUGUGAACCAAAGCCUCAGGGGCACGGCUGCAGUCAGCUGGCCCCAGCCCUGCUUCAGGGCCAAGACCAUGCCUGGGUACCCAGGAUGGGGGAGGUAAAAACUCCCUCCCAGCCCAUGGGCACCCGCCCCCAUUGGUCCGGCUGCUGGCCUGGACUCCAGGGGUCUUGCACUGCUGAGAUGCUCUGGACAACAUCCAAUUCCUUCCAAGGCCAGAGUGUUCUCCCUUGGAUCCUCCUAGGGUCCCCCUAUGUCUCUGGCGGCCAAGGGCUGAUGUAGCCGAGAGUGUCCAGGACAGAGGGGUGGGCAGGGGAAGAGAAUGCUUAAGGAAACCAGUAAGUCAAUGGAGUUGACUGGUAUCGCUUGACAGCCAGGGCUCUCCUCAGGAAAGCUGGAAGACCUUGACUGUCAAAACCAUCCUUCUGAACCUCUGCCCAACCCCCUUUUCUGGUCAUGGGCCUUAAAAGGAGACUUUGAUCAGUGCGCACCCCAAGGGCCCAGGGGAGCAGAGGGACCCACCUCGUCCCACUGUCACCUUCAGAAGUCUGUGAAGCCCACAUCCACCUCCUCUGUCUGACUGGGGUUUCUUUCUGGGCCCGCAGAGAGGGGCUCUUCCUUGCCCUCGGUGCUGGCUUUAGUCACAACGCCUCCAAAGACAUGGAACCCAGGCUGACACUGGUCCCAACUGCGAAUUUUCUCCUCUCAUGUUGCUUUCUAAAAGCAGUUGUUAUACUGUUCAUAACAUUGUAUAGUUUAAUUUCAUGUCAUUUUGGAUCUUAUAUAAAAACGUGAGAAUCUGGAUUUUUAAAAAGAAUGACUCCAUUUUAGAUAGCCCCUUUUGAUGUUAAUUUAUAGUGAGUCCAAUGUAUGCUUUAGAAGUAAAGACAUUGACCUUCACAGACCAAAGCACAGCUUGUUCUGGUCCUUUUUCCGCAGGGGGAGUGUCGGGAUGCAGAGUGGGAGAGGGCUGGGCCGGCCAGGGGGCCAGGGUGGCAGGCUUGGGCUUGAGACACAGGGCUGCGUUCACAUCCUGAAUUUUGAACAUUCUGACGGUGUGACUUUGAGCCAGUUUUACUUAACCUCUUUGGGACUCAGUUGCUUCAUCUGUAAAAUGGGGAGGUUAACUUUUGCCUUAUUUGGUUCUUGUGGGAACUGAACGGAGCUGCAUGUGGAGGCCCAGGGUGGGAAGCUGUGACGAUGCUGACAGUACCAACCUUGGGCUGCAGCCUCCUGAUCUCCUUAGGAUUUAAUCGCAGCCUCUGUAAAGAGAGCCGGGCCGUGAGAGCAGCAGCUAGUGGGUGGUCAGAAGCCGGGGACUAGGCCUGGCAAGCAUGCCCUCUGAGGGUCCUUAGACACCUGUUUUGCUCUGAUUCUGGGAAGGCGACAGGAUCAUCCCCUGGCUCCUUUCCCCUCCCCACCUCCCCCGGCCUCCAGUCUGCUCCCCAUCUUCCCAGUGUGGUCUCUCUUGAUUGCAAGGGACAGAAACUGCAUAAAGUGGCUGACGCAGCUGCCCACUGUACUCGGUCACACCUCUCCCCUGCCUGCCCAGGAACCCCACAGCCUCCUGGGUCUCAUCACUGAUGCAAGUGUCCAUCUCUCAGAGCCUGGACUUUUCUGGGGGAGCUUCAGACGUUAUGACUAGAGCUAUAGACAGCACUAUCUUCUUAGUCUCUGGGUUAUCAUUCCCUUUGCUCCAAACAGCGACAGGACGGGAAGAAAGUGGUACCUGAGGGUGAGAGGCUGCAUCUGGAUGAGAGCAGAGCGGGUGGGGAUGGGAGGCUGACCUAAGCCUCUCACGCUAGAGUUAGUAAUUCUGCCCCCCCCCCUCACCCCAAAGAGGCUCUGCCCUGGGGGGAAGGGCAUUCGCCUGGGUCCUAGAAGUCAUUGCCAGGGCCGGCUGGGCCACCAAAGACAACUUUCCCAGGGAGCCCAUAAUCCUGACGGCUUUGUCAAACUCCCACUGUGUGGUUGGCUCUACUCGGACCCACAGCCCUCCGGGACCCUGCCCUCCAGGAGCAGAGCCUGUGCUCAUUCAGUGUGGUGGCAGGGCCGUGCUGUCAUGGCUAAGGGCACCAUGGUCAGGCCUGGCUGGAGCCAUGCCCCUGCCCCAUGUCAGCACCGGAGCUUUGGGGAGCUUGUUGGACCUCUCCGGGCCUUAUUUUCCUCAUCUGUGAAAUGGAGCCAGUCAUUCUCUCUUCUUUGCGGAAUCUAUGUAAUGACCCGUGUCGGGUGUUUGGCACGAAGUGGCCACUCAGGAAAGCAGAGCACUGGGAGGUCAGAGGCAGAUAGGAGCCAGCCUAGGGCUCCCCUCUGAAUGUCGCCAGGCCCUGCGCCUGCUACCCAGGCCUUUCCCAUCCACAGGCUGGGAUCAUCCUGUCUCCCAGGGCAGAUGGCAGGGCAGACCCGAGCAUCUGCUUUGUGCUGACCCUUGAGAAGUCCAGGGGCUUCCCGAAGCCAUACAGUUAGUGAGGAGAGAGGCCUGGAAUUGCGGGGGCUGGCCCGGUGGGCCAGGUGGGGGCUAGGAGAUGGGGUGGCACUGCUCUGGGCCUUGUACCUCCAGCUCCAGUCACUGAAGCCUGGGGCUCUGGCCCUCACCCACUCUUUGCUGGCCAGGAAGCCGGGAACAAUGGCUGGGACGGGUGCUGGCACUGGGGCUGACAAGGGGAGCAGGAAAGCCCUUCGCCAGCAGGCAGAGGGGGUGGCCAGCCCUCUGGCCUGCUCUCAACUCCUUGAGGGAUUGGAGCCGCCGUUCUCCGUCUUCCCAUCUGUGCAGAGGCAGCUCUGUGCGAGCCUCGGCCUCCCAGGUGCCGCCGUGGAGAGGCUCCCCUCUGAUCCAGCCCUCCACCCAGCCUCCCAGCCCCCCACCCCAUCCCUGCUCCAGAGCAGGCCCCAGACUGGACAGCAGGAUGCUCAGGCCUUGGAAAUUUGCCUGGGGCCUCCUCUCCUGGGCCAGGCUCGCCUGUGAUAAGCUCCCAUCCUCAAGCGGGUGCUUUCUUUGUUCCUUGAAGGUCAUGCCUCCAGGGAAAGCCUUGGCUGCUAUUGAUUUUCACAGAUCUACCAAGAUUCUGGCAGGCAUGCCCGGUCCUCCUCAGGGCCCUGAAAAGGAGGUCAGGGGGAGGGGUGGGGGUGGGCCAGGGCCUGCGGGCGCGCUCCCUUUUCACUGCGCCCAUGUGUCCAUCCCCACCCUGGGUCUGCGUUCCUGCCUUUGUCCAUCCGUAAGCAUUACUGAGCACCUGCUGUUUGCCAGAUGCUGAGCUGGUGUGGCAUGAAGGUGGAACUUCUGAUGAGAGUAUUUUGAGGUUUUCAUGGAUCAAAAGGUAGGGUCAAAAAAUGUCAAAGCUGCUGAUACUUAGUACAAAAUAUUACCCGCAGGAGUCCUCCCUGACUCUCACCCCGCCCUCCCCGGGCAGGACCUGUCCUCCGUCCCUGUGCCUGGUUCACCCCAUUGCCAACUCCAGGCGCAGGGUGAGGGUAUGUGUUUUGUGUGUUACUUUGUAAUAAACACAACUAUUACUUUGU